AAAUUACCAAACAUCCGAACAAUUCCAAUCCUAUCAAGUUUCAAAUGGCCACUUCCUUUUCUCUGAGCUUAUUAAAAUUUUCCCACAACCCAAACACUACUACUGCUACUACCUAUACAAACACCCUUUCCCAUCUCCAACCCAAACAUUCUUCUUCUUUUAGACCCAAAAACCCUUAUCCCCCUCGCUUUUUUACCACCAACGGCAAUGCCUCUUUCAACAAUUCCCACCCUCGCUUCUCCCGCGCCCGCGGUCUCUCCUCACUCCCUCUUUCCACCAACAAUUACGAGUUCUUUGAUAAUUCUUCUGAGGUGGAACUGAGGGUACAUUUAAAGGACCAAAAUGUUCGAAGUUCCAAAGAUGUUUUUGUGGAUGCAAAUGAAACCUCUUUAACGAUCAGAGCACUGAAUUCGGGGUCUCCUACAACACUAAUUGAAACUAAUCGUUUGUUCGACAGAGUAAAGCCUGCAGAAACAAUCUGGUUGAUAGAUGAUGAUCAACUGGUUGUAAUCUUGAAGAAGCAGGAUCCAGAUUUGAAAUGGCCUGACAUUAUGGAGUCCUGGGAAUCCUUGACAGUGGGAUCUUCACAACUUCUGAAAGGAGCUUCAAUCUACAUUGUUGGGGAGUCAACAAAUAUCAACCAGCAAGUGGCUAAGGAACUUGCAGUGGGUAUUGGGUAUACACCAUUUAGUACGAAGGAGCUGUUGGAAAAUUUUGCCAAGCAAACUAUUGAUUCAUGGGUUCUUUCUGAAAGCUCUGAUUCUGUAGCUGAAGCAGAAAGUGCUAUAUUAGAAAGUUUAAGUAGUCAUGUUCGGACUGUUGUUGCAACACUAGGAGGACAGCAGGGAACAGCUCGAAGGACUGAUAAAUGGAGACAUCUGCAUGCAGGAUUUACCGUAUGGUUGUCACAAACUGAAGCUAUAGAUGAAGAUUCAGCAAAAGAAGAAGCCAGGAAACAUGUUCAAGAUGGUGGAUCAGGUUACUCAAAAGCAGAUGUUGUCGUCAAGUUCCAGGGUUGGGAUACAGAUUAUGCCAAAAGUUUGGCUCAGGCAUGCCUGAGUGCCCUCAAACAAUUAAUUCUAUCUGACAAGAAGCUCCCAGGUAAGAAGAGCCUCUACAUACGGUUAGGAUGCCGUGGUGAUUGGCCGAACAUUAAGCCUCCUGGUUGGGAUCCAUCAUCAGCUGGAGGUGGUGUAUCUCCUGCUACAUUUUAAUCCAAUUUUUAGAUGAACAGUUCAAUUUUUGUUGUUGGUGAUAUGUUCCCUUAAGCUUUGUUGUGAAAUGUAAAGAGUUGUUUCUCAUUAUAGUGGUGUUAUUGUUCACCAAGAUAAAAGGCUUGAGUUGGGAAAUCUACCAUAUGCACAGUUGAGCUUUCCUUUCCACAAAAUACAUAGUAAUUGUUUAAGAACCAACAUAUUUUUUAUAUUAUUAUUUAACCACAAAUAUUAAUUUGCAAUAUUAACUAAGUUUAUCUUGCACCACAAAAA